AAAUUUGCGCCGGACUCAUUUGAUCAGCUCGGGGACGGCCUACGAAUCUACGAUCCUCAAAUUCCACAACGUGUUCCUCUUUAUCCAAAAACUCAACAUUAGUCAUUCAUCAUUUCGUUGACCCCAAUCCCACGUCACUUUCUCUCUCCUCCAAAAUCUCUUCCACUCAUGGCGAUGUCACGUCCUUCUCCCUCCCACUCCCACCUACCACCACCACCAGCGCCACCACCGUCAUCAAGUUUCAACCUCGAAAUCACCAUUAUUUCCGGCAAACACCUCAAAAACGUCAACUGGAAAAACGGCAAUCUCAAACCCUACGUCAUUUUCUGGGUUAACCCAGACAACAAACUCACAACCAAAUCCGACGAUUCAUGCAACACUAAACCCGUUUGGAACCAACGUUUCAUCCUCCCAAUAAACUCCUCUCUUUCCGACGCUUUUCUCUCUCUAGAAAUCUUCCACUCUAUAACGUCGGAAACCCCCAAACCUUUUGUGGGUUCUCUUCAAGUUCGUCUCGCAACCUUACCCGAACCCGAAAAUCCAAACUUAACCCGAACUUUUGAGCUUCUCCGUCCUUCGGGUCGGGUUCAGGGUAAGAUCCGAUUAAAACUUUCUAUCAAAGAACAACUUCUACCACAACAUACCCUUGAUCAUGGGUAUUAUUACUCUUCUGCCCCUCCUUUUCCGUACAAUAAUUCCAGGUCAGCAUCGCCUGUUCCUCCGGCGUACCCGUAUUCUUCUACGGGUUAUUAUUCAGGGUAUUACCCGCCUCCAAGUGGGGCCCGGGUUUACGGGGCACCGUCUGCUCCGGUGGAGUUUAAUCAGUACGAGCAGAGGAUGAGGCCGGGUGCCGGUUUCGGUACCGGGUUGGGAGUUGGUGCGAUUGCUGGGGUGCUUGGUGGGAUUGCUUUAGAUGAAGGGUUGAAGUAUGAAGAACAAAAGAUAGCUGAGAGAGUUGAGGAUAAUUAUCUUAGUAAUACUCCUAAAGAUGAUUUCAGUGAUUACCGUGGUGAAUUUUAGAGUUAUUAUAUGGGAAUGUAACACAAAAUAUCUGGGAGUUGUUGAACAUUCCAAUCCUCGGUAGCGAUGAGAUAGUUUUUAUCGACAUCGCAUAUGGUUAUAAUGGUUCGUACUCAGGCUCGUACGUCGAAUCGUUGUAGUGGUUUCGAUGGUUCUCAUCUAGCUGCAGUGGUUCUAAUGGUGCUCUAGAUGGUUAAGAUGGGUAGAAAUAGAAUGACACUUCCUAAGUGGAGGGCGGAGGCGAUUGAUUCAUCAAAGGAUAAAUGUGAAUCUCUUCAUCGUGAGUGUCAUAUUUUCCAAUUUCUAGUGUAUACAACGUGUGCUUGUGUCUGCUCCUUAUCCUACUUGGGAAGCUUUGGGAUUGAUUUUCACCCUUGGCAAGUUGGGAUUUCAUUUAUUCCCCUUAAUUUGUCAAGGUUUCCCCUUAUCUUAUUAAAAAAAAUAUAAUUAUAAUCGGGACACCAUCACACCACUUUUUUUUUUAUUUUUUAUAUUAGGAAAGAUAAUUGGUCUGAAGACCAACUCCUGUUAAACUACUAGUCUGCAAGGUACACUAGCUCAGAGGCUGGGUAAAACGCUAAAUAACGCAGAAGUAAAUUACCUAAUAUAUUGUUGGGAUGAGAAUUCGAACCAUGGCAAUAUCCUGGAAUUCGGGACGGUACUCCAUUGAGCUACCAACUUUUCCUCACAUCACUAUAUUAUUGGAGUGGUGUGUAUCAGGUUUAAUUAAUAGAUUGUAUGUAGAAUUUAUGUUAAUAUUUGCUGUAGAUCAAUUUGAUUGUUUAUUGUUGACAAUUAUCUAAUAACUCUAAUUAUAAAUAAUAGGAAGGUAGUGAUUGUCC